AUGGUUACAAAAAUAGUCAAUGCGUGCUGUCUGUUGCACAACUUCAUACGUGGAGAGGUUGGUGCUGAUGUGUUCGAGAGGUUGUAUGUUGAUGAAGAUGAAGACGAUGAACCAGAUGUGGAUGAAGAGCUUAUACUUCAUAUCCAGCCUUCAAUAGAGUGGUCAGAUUUUAGACAAAAAUUGGCACAAGAUAUGUGGAAUGCUAGGCCAUGGGCUGGUAUGGCAACUAACCAGGAUGUUAAUGACGAGGUUAAUGGUGAGGUUAAUGAUGCUGGACAACAGAGGCUAAGGGAGUACAAGUCCUGGUCAGAGACUCAUGAUGUAGUGUUCAUCGACUGCCUACUGGACUUGGUUCAGUCUAGGGAGGUGGAGUCAGGAAACUUGAAGAACGGGGGAUCAAGAAGCUGGAGGUCACGACAUCGCUGGUUCAAGAACAAGUACAACGCCAUAUAUGAUGUCCAAAAUGGAAGUUGUAGUGGGUUUGGUUUGGAUGAGUCCAAGAAGAUGAUUGUUGCUGAUGAUGAUGUUUUCAAGGAUUGGGUUAAGACCCAUCCAGCGUUUUCUGGACUCAACAGCAAGGCCUUUGUCUAUUUCGACCAGCUUAGCAGAAUCUUUGAGGAGAUGAUAAAUGAAGGUGUUAACCAUAGAGAGUUGCUUGAUGAACCAGAAACAGGUCGUGGUAAGACAACUAAUGUAGCUGGAGGUAACAAGAGGUCAAAGACCGAUAAAAGUUCUACGAGUCAUGUUGUGGCUGCUGAGAUCGAGAAAAUGCGUCCUCUAAUGGAGAAGGCUAGCAUGAACAUUGAGAGGAUGGCGAAUAGCUUUUGCCAUGAAGAUCCAUUGAUGAUUAGGAGAGGAAGUCUGUUUAAGGAGCUGUCUAAUGUUGAAGGUUUGACACAGGAUCAAGUGCUUUCAGCUGCUAUAAUCCUUGUCAAGGACGAUAGGAUUGCCCAGCUCUACUACCAACUGCCCACAGAUGAAAAAAAGCUUCACUUUCUACUUGGUCUCAUCAACUAA